UGCGCUAUGGCCAAGACUGUGGCCUAUUUCUACGACCCCGACGUGGGCAACUUCCACUACGGGGCUGGGCACCCUAUGAAGCCCCAUCGCUUGGCAUUGACCCAUAGCCUGGUCCUGCACUACGGUCUCUAUAAGAAAAUGAUCGUCUUCAAGCCAUACCAGGCCUCUCAGCAUGACAUGUGCCGCUUCCACUCCGAGGAUUAUAUUGACUUCCUGCAGAGAGUGGUGGACUUCUACCAACCCACGUGCAUUGUGCUUCAGUGUGGAGCUGACUCUCUGGGCUGUGAUCGACUGGGCUGCUUCAACCUCAGUAUCCGAGGACAUGGGGAAUGUGUCGAAUAUGUCAAGAGCUUCAAUAUCCCUCUACUAGUGCUGGGUGGUGGUGGCUAUACUGUCCGAAAUGUUGCCCGCUGCUGGACAUAUGAGACAUCGCUGCUGGUAGAAGAGGCCAUUAGUGAGGAGCUUCCCUAUAGUGAGUAUUUUGAGUACUUUGCCCCGGACUUCACACUCCAUCCAGAUGUUAGCACCCGCAUCGAGAAUCAGAACUCACGUCAGUAUCUGGACCAGAUCCGCCAGACAAUCUUCGAAAACCUGAAGAUGUUGAACCAUGCGCCUAGUGUCCAGAUUCAUGAUGUGCCUGCAGACCUCCUGACCUAUGACAGGACUGAUGAAGCUGAUGCAGAGGAGAGGGGUCCUGAGGAGAACUACAGCAGGCCAGAGGCACCCAAUGAGUUCUAUGAUGGAGACCAUGACAAUGACAAGGAAAGCGAUGUGGAGAUUUAAGAGCAGCUUGGGUUGCUGUGUCCCAAAGAAUUCCUUUUCACCUCUUGGUUGAGCAGGAGGGAAAAGGUGUGGUUCCCCCAGUCUUGGACUGGUCACCUCCAGGGCUUUUACUAACUCUGGGGAAGAGUUUGGAGACCACUUCUGGUUCUAGAACCAUCUACCGCCUUUUGCUCUCUUUUCCAAGGCCUGACCAUGGUACCUAUUAGGGAUGAGAUGAGAAUAAGGAUAUCUGUUUCUGGGACAAUAUGGGCAGUGGACCCUAGAGGUCAGUCCCCAGCCCCUCUGGCCCCUUUUUUCUUUCUGCUUCCCUCCAACCCAGAGAUUUUUAGGGGUAAAGAGGUAGACAGGACUGAAAUUGCCUCUGACUUCCUCCUCUCCUGGGUUCCCCUACUGCAGGCCUUGCUUCAGGGCAGGUGAAGCAUGAGGGAUUUGGGGAGGUCCUGGCUCCCUAACAUCUUAAUCCCAGAUGAUGGAAAGUGUGGUUAUGAGGGCAGGGGGAGGAUGUGAAAAUGUCCUGUUCUAACUUUUGGCUUUCUGUCCAUUUUACCACUGUUUUUAUUCAAUAAACCAAGUUGGUAUUUUUUGUA